AUGGCCGAAGUCAGUGCACCACUUCGAAAGUUGUUGGAAAAGAAUACAGCAUGGCAAUGGGAAAACCAACAAGAAGAUAGCUUUCAACAACUCAAGAGAAUGACAACCAGUGCCCCAGUGCUAAGUUAUUAUGAUCCCAAGAAGCCUGUUACCUUAUCUGUCGAUGCAAGUUCGAAAGGACUUGGAGCAGUGCUGUAUGAAGAAGAAAAACCAGUUGCCUAUGCCUCCAGAGCAUUAAUACCAACACAGAAAAAAUAUGCACAAAUUGAGAAAGAGACUUUGGUUAUUGUAUUUGGUACAACCAAAUUUCACCAGUCAGUUCCAGUUUGGAAAAGAAGUACUUGUCAUAUGAGACCACAAACAACGGGAAUAUAUGCUCAAUAA